AGAUCUUAUAAUUAGUUAAGAAGUGUAUAGAGUUCUAAUACACAGUGAACUGACUACAACGUUUUUCUAGUUUAUUUUUAGCGACCGUUAAACAGUUCGUAAGUGAGCAAACAAGAGCAUGACGAAUGGCUGUUGGUUUGGGGCGAGUGAACGACACGCCCCUCGUCUCCUAUUGGUCCUCGCUCGGCAGUUUUGGCGCCACUGGUUAGCGGAAGUGAGCUAGGUCGUCGUCUCGGUCGCCGGACGAGCGUCGUGUUUUUGUUUUGUUUUGCUCUCCUUUUUUGGGCCUUUGUUUGUUUGUUUUUAUCCCUCUCCGGCCACCACAAACUUUGCCCAUCCCGAUGCGGGGCGAGGAGUCGUCCGAUUCGGAGUCGGGCCGCAUGGAGGAGAGCGUCGUGCGGAGGAGUUUGGAGACGCUGUGUCAGGAGCUCAACAUGGACGAGCACACGGCCACCGAGGCCAUGGACAACUUCACGGCCAUCUGGAACACGUACACGCUGGAGGGCGAGGUGGCGCACUGGCUGGCGUGCUCGCUGUACGCCGCCUGCAGGAAAGGAUCCACGCCCACGGUGGGCAAAGGCCUGAUGGAGGGAAACUGCGUGUCGCUCACCAGGAUCCUGCGCACCGCCAAACUCAGCCUGAUCGAGUUCUUCUCCAAGAUGCGCAAGUGGUCCGACAUGUCCAACCUGUGCGAGAACUUCUGCCUGCGCGUGGAGCGUCUGGAGCGCAACUUCGAGGUUUCCACCGUCAUCUUCCGCAAGUUCGAGCCCAUCUUCGCCGCCGUGUUCCGCAGCCCGUGGGGGUCCGAGGCUCCGCCCCCUCCGCCGCGGCAGCCCCGAGGCAGGAAGCACCGCCGGCAACCGUGUCACGUCGCCGACGUCUUCAAGUUCUGCUGGACGCUCUUCGUCUACACCAAAGGUAACUUCCACAUGAUCGGCGACGACCUGGUCAACUCGUACCACCUGCUGCUGUGCUGUCUGGACCUGGUCUUCGGAAACGCGCUGAUGUGCGCCAACAGGAAGGAGCUCAUCAACCCCGCCUUCAUCGGCACGUCGGGGGACGAAGUCCAAGCGUGCGCCGACGAGGCGUCUCCGUGCGCGCUGGAGCGCUUGUGCGAGCUUCACGACGGCCUGGUGGUGGAAGCCAAAGGCAUCAAACAGCACUACUUCAAACCUUACGUGCGCAAGCUCUUCCGCAGACAGAUCCUGAAAGGCAACGAGGAUCUUCUGACUGAACUUUUGGAUCCUCACAACUUUAUUGACAACAACAAAGCGCUGAACCGCGAGUACGAGGAGUACGUGCUGACGGUGGGAGACUUUGACGAGCGCGUCUUCCUGGACGCUCACGCCGACGAAGAAAUCGGAACGCCGAGGAAAAGCUUCCAGCGGCCCGGCGCGGGCGCCGGACAGACCAGCGCUCAGAAGCAGCUGCAGCAUCACGUGGAGAAGUCGGCCUCUCUGGCGCCCUCUACGCCUCUGACGGGCCGCGUGUACCUGAAGGAGAAGGACGCGGCGGCCACGCCCGUGUCGUCGGCCACGCAGAGCGUCGGCCGUCUGCAGAGCGCGCUGGCCGGCCUCAGGGCGGCGCCCGGCGAGCAGCUGCUGCGCAUCUUCAAGUCCUGCUCCAGAGACCCCACGGAGUCCAUCGUGAGCCGGGUGAAGACCCUGGGCCAGACCUUCAAAAAACAUUACACCGACGACUCGGAUCGCUCGUCGGGGUCGCACAUCGAUUUUGCCGAGAGUCGCCUGAAGCUGGCCGAGGUCCUCUUCUACAAAGUCCUGGAGAACGUUUUGAUGCAGGAGACCAAGAGGCUGCACGGAAAAGACAUGAGCGCUCUACUGGAGCAGGACAUCUUCCACUGCUCUCUUCUGGCGUGUAGCUUGGAGGUGGUUUUGUUCUCCUACAGCUCCCAGAGGACUUUCCCGUGGAUCAUCAACGUCUUCAAGCUGGCCCCCUUCUACUUCUUCAAGGUGAUCGAGGUGUUCAUCCGCGCCGAAGAAGGCCUGUCCAGAGACAUGGUGAAGCAUCUGAACCAGGUCGAGGAGCAGGUGCUCGAGAGCCGGGCGUGGACGGCGGACUCCGCCCUGUGGAACGCCUUGGGGGCCGCCGGCAAUAAGGUGCCCACCGUGGAGGAGGUGAACUUCCCGUCCAGCCUGGACUCGGGCGCUUGCGCUGCCGGCGGUGCCGCCCCGUCCCACCUGCCCCUGGUGGCGCUGUCGCCCAUCGUGCACCCUCGCAUCAGGGAGGUCCGCUCGGGCGUGGGCACCGCGCGAAAAGAAGUUCCGCCGUCCCCGCUGUCGGUACACGACCGCUACAGCUCUCCCGCCGCCGGCAGCGCCAAGCGACGUCUGUUCGGCGACGACGCGACGACUGCGACCGGCACCGUCACGUCUCCCGCCAAACGCCUGACGCUCAGCUCGGCCGGCACCCUGAAGAUCGGCCCCCAGGGCCAGACCACCGUGCUCAGCAUACCGCUGCCAGGCGGCGGCGGGGGCGAGCACACCAUCACGCUGAUCCCCGUGCAGCCGUGCGACUCGUCGGGCGGCGUCACCGCUCAGUUCCUGUUGACCGCGUCGCCCGGCCGCCCCGUUCCCGUUUCUGCGCCCGCCGCGCCCGCCGACACCCAGACGGGAAGUGGGCGGCCGCAACGCACCGGAUCUCUGGCGCUCUUUUUCCGGAAGGUGUACCACCUGGCCAGCGUGCGUCUUCGCGAUCUGUGCGGCAGACUCGCCAUCUCGUCUGAGCUGCGCGCAAAGAUCUGGACGGGCUUCGAACAUUCUCUGGUUCACGCCACCGAACUCAUGAGAGACCGACACCUGGACCAGAUGCUGCUCUGCACCGUCUACAUCAUCGCCAAAAUCUCCAAGGAGACGCACUCAUUCCAGGACAUCAUGAAGUGUUACCGCAGCCAACCGCAGGCCGGCAGCCACGUGUACCGCAGUGUCCUCCUGCGUCGCACUCCCAGACAGCAGGUGGCGGUAUCAGAUGAGAAGAUGGAGGUUGACCCUGCGUCGGGAACGGGAUCUGCCGAGAAGACGCGCUCCGCCUCCGGAGGAGCGGACGGCGGCGAGCGAUCGGCCGAGGAGGAACGCGGCGACCUGAUUCAAUUUUACAACAACAUCUACGUGCUGAAGAUGAAAAGCUUCGCCAUGAGAUACGCGCCGCACGACAACAGAAUGGACGCGCCUCCCGUGUCUCCGUUCCCGUCGGUGCGCUGUCACCCUCCGUCUCCUCGCCGAGUGUCGCAGCGUCAUUCCGUUUACGUGUCGCCGCACAAAGCUUCGGCGGGAGGACUCGCCCCCAACUCCUUCACCUACCGCAUCAACAGCAGCCCCUCCAAGGAUCUGUGUGACAUCAACCGCAUGCUGCGUCAGGGCUGCAAUGGCCGCAAGAGAGCACUGGGCAUGGAGGGCGAGCUGAUGAUGUCAUCAGCGUGCGACUCCCCCAGCAAGCGGGCGUGUCCCGAGAACAGCGGCGGCAGCCCCGACGUCUUGCUAAAGAGGCUACAGGAUGUCGUGUCGGAGAGACAGAGCCACUGACAGACUGUCGUCAUCGAGUUAACGUUAACGCCUUAACAUGACUGUUGGUUAUAGUGCUAAUGCUAGCAUGCUAACGUGACUGGUCAUUACCGAGCUGACGCUAACUCGUAUGACCUGUCAUUGUGGAGCUAACGCUUGUACGCUAACAUGACAUGACAGAGCUAAUGUUAACUCCUUAACGGGAACUGUUAGCGUGGUAGCAUUAGCUCUAGAACUAACAUGACUAGUGAUUAAGAAGCUAAUGCUGUCGAGUGAUGAAUGCUCGCACACUGACAUGACUCAUUAUUACAGCGCCAAUGCUAGCAUGCUACCAUGACCGGUCAUUGCUAAAUGUGACCUGUUGUCACUUAGCUAACUCACCUGAGCGGUUGCGGUGGAGCUAACGCUAGCAUGCUAACGUGACUGGUUGUUACUGAGCUAAUGUUGUCUAAAGGUAAGGCUAACUCUGCUAAACGUGACCCGUCAUUAGCCGGCUAACUCAAACUCAGGCGUAACUGGUCGCUGUGGAGAUAUGCUAGCAUGCUGGCAUUGAAUGGGACGUCAUCAUCAUGAGGCAAGACAAAAAAACAUGCAUAAAAGUGUAUAUUUGUCGUUUCUUCCACUUGACGACGACGACAAGCCCGCCGUGCUAACUGUUAGCAUGCUACGGGUGUUUGGUUUUAUUUGUUCCGACUGUCAAUCAAAAUAUUUGUGAAAUGUUUGUGACGAGUUUUUAGCGUUAAUUUUUUUCCUUCCCUUGAACCUGCUCGAUUAUUGUCACUGUUUGCUCUCUCGUGUGUGUUCGGUGAGUGCGUUGAACUUUUUCUUCCUUUUUUACCGUAUGACUUUGUAGGUUCAAAGAAAAGCAAACGUGUAUUUGAAGUGAUUGUUUUUGCAUUCUAUUGUAAUAAUGAUAAUACGUUAUUAUACUUAAUGUUCUCCAAUCUGCACAUUAAAAAUAAUGCUUGCUUGCUUCAA